ACACUCGGACUAAGACUCAGAAAAAUACUGCACUUCUUCGAAAAAAGAUCAUCCAUUAAACGUCAGAAGUCCAGGACUCAGAAAAACGACGCGAAAAUGCUCAAAAUCUGCUCCGUUUUUGUGAUCCUGAGUGCCGCUAUAGCGGGCACUAUUGCAAAUGUCAGUGAGGCAGACUGCACCGCGAUGGAACAAAAUGUCGCCGGACUCGACUGCACCAUCAGGAGGAUCUGCCCCAACGGGAAGAAUCCGGCCGAGUGGGAACCACUCCCGCUGACAAAGAUCGGCACGGUCAACACCAAGAUAACGAAACUCCAGACGUUCCGUAUUCCGUCCUCCGUCCCCACGACUGCACACGAAGUCUUCGUUUACAUGUACAUUAAGAACGGCUGGGGACCAAACAGUGUUCAAACAUUCGUGAGCAUCUUCACAAAGGACAGCCCACAGCGACAAUACACGCAGUACAUGACGACCCACAUCUACCCGCAGUCAGCCCACACCUACACCACGGAGAACAUGUGGUUUCCAUUGACAACCGAUCGUCUCGUCUACGUCUCCAUUCAGAACGCACUGAUAGGAAACAGCGUAUCUGAGAUAUACGUCAUCGGAUACCGCUAAUUAUCCGGGGUCGCCAAAUGGAAAAACAAAGAAAUGUUUGAGACUUUGUAAGUAGCAAAGUUAGCAAAUGUGACAAUUGUAGCAACAGAGACAAUGAUAGUAGCUGUAGUAGCAAUGAUGAUUGAUUCGUUCAGUGUGAUGAUGUCACUUUAUUAGCAAUCAUGAAGCGCGGGAAGAUUGGAAUUUGGGAUCACCUGACACCC